UUGAUUGAUUGAUUGAACUGCAGCCAUGAAUGCAUGUCCUGCAGGCAGUACCAUGAUCCGACUCAAGCCAACACUCAGACUAGGGCAAGAACAUGCAACACGCCACGCAUCAGCCGAAUUAUGUGGCCGCCAAGCACGCCGCGGACACAGCGCGGCGGCGAAAACGCGAAAAAGACGGCCCGAAAGAAAGGAACCGCUGAGACUCAGCAACGCUCGCUGUCUUGUCUAUUCUUCCCAUCCAUGAGUGUGAUCAGAUCACACUCAGACCACCCUCAUGGAUGGUAAGUACGUCUGCAUCUUCUGUAUGCCUCUCUACCAGUCAUCCCUCAUGCUGCUUUAAAAAUCCCCACCCCCUCUCUCUACGGCACCGAUCUGCUCGUCUCAUGCACACCGGUUCUGUGCUACGACAUCGUGUGUAUGUGUGUGUGGAUUCGUGUGUGUGUCUCUGUGUGUGUGUGUGUGUGCGGUUGGUGCAGUGUCGUGCCUACCACCGUCCUCCUCCUGUUGAUGACAAGAAGCCACCAGGUGUCGUAGUGGACGAGAUGCGGACACAAGGCAGGCACACAUGGAACCACAUGCAUGCACUGGCAGGCGCCACAGCUCCAAGCCCCUCGCUCACCUACACCCACACACACACGACUGGCACUGACAUGAAUGCAGGCAGGAUCUUUCCUUGUGGGUGUGUGUGUCCGUUGUGCCGUCGGUUGACCUGACCUGUGUGUGUGGAGGUGACGGCCUCGGCACCGACCACUGGACACUCCCGCAAUGGACGGACGAAUGCGGUCACUUGAUGGUAGGGGGCUUGAAGCGACGACGCGACCGGUACUGCAUUCAUUCAGACCAAGCAGCAGCAAGAGAUACUAAUCUGCCCCUUUCCCACCCACUGCAGGGGCGCCUCUUUUACUAUUACAAGUUCUUGCAGGUUGAAGGUGGCUUGUGGAACCACGACCUCCUGAGGAGCCUCCAGAGGACGACAAAUCGCCUGACGGUUGGCGUCAGCCACAUGAGAUGAACGCCCACCACCACCACCAGCAGCAGCAGCGGCCGCGCCUCCACCUUCCACUGUGCGCCUGGGGGCGAUCACGCGGCCAUCAUCGUCUGCUGGUUGACCACCCUCCACCCCCUCCCCCUCUCUCUCCCCUUCCCCGCCGUCUCUGCCCAUCUUCCUCGUCUUGGCCCCUCCUGCUGCUGCCGCUGCCUGGCCACCUUUCUCGGGCGACCUUGGCCGCUUCAGUCCCGCCCUGUCGCUCUCAACAGGCAACUGCUCGUCGGGGAUGAGAUUGAUCGGCUGCACGGCCGUCCCAUACUGAUCAGACAGCUGCUGCCGCUGCCGGUCACCCUGCUGCACCUCCUGCUCCUCUUGGUGGAUUGGCUCGUAUUGCUGCUGCUGCUGCUGCAGCAUGGGCUCGUCUGCGGCUGUGAGAGGGAGGGGAGCGGGGCGUGGUGCGUCAGGCAUGGGGAUGGCGGCGUCGGAGGGCUCAGAGAGCUCAUCCUCGGGCGGUGGUGGUGGAUGUGGCGGGGGAGCUGCCGCUGCGGCUGCCGCUGCUGGUGCUGAUUCGGAUGGUCGUGGGACGUCCUCCAGUUGUGGUAGGGGUGAGGGCGGCGGCUCUUGCUUCACCGCCUCACCCUUGACCUUCUUCUUGACAGAUGUCGCACCCUGCACACAUCGAUGGAUGGAUAGAUAGAUGCAGCCGAAAACAAUCAAUCUUCCUCCCUCCCGCCGUGCCUCCUUGCGUGCCUCACCACGAGCAUUGUGGCCUUGCUGAAGGCAUCGACAAGUUUGUUGAGGUGCUGCAUGCCCUGCACCAUCUUGGCCCGCGUCUCCUCCAGUGCAGCGUCAGUCAUGUCGGCAGACAGCUCCUCGGCUGCCUCACCGAUGCGGCUCGCGCCCGUGUUGUCUUCCUCCUCGUGUGUGAGGUCGACCACUCGCGACACGAUGGCCUCCGGCACGCCUGCCGCCCUCAUCAGCUGGUAGGGGUCGCUGAACAUGCUCCCGCUGACGGGCAGGGGGUUGCCGUCCUCACCAAGCUCCCGCUUCGGUUCCCGGCCGGUCUCCUCGUCUGCCGCCUCCACAUCCUUGUCACGCCCUCCACCACCAGCAGCAGCGGCGGCAGCAGCAGCCGGGACCUCCUCAGCAGGCUUUUCCUGUCGAGGUCGGUCACUGGCAGCAUCCGCAACAGCAGCAGGGAGAGGCGAGGGAGUUUCGACCCUGUCUGCAGGCGACUGAGCCUGAUCGGGAACGACAGCUGGGGGUGCGAGCAGCAGGGGGGGCGGUCGCUUGCUGGCUGCUUUUGGAGGGGGCCUGGGCUCCUGAUCAGAUGCUGCUGCUGCCGCUGCUGCUUGUGGGGGCGGUGCUGUGCUCUUGGGCGGUGGGGGCGGUGGAGGAGGGGGCGUGGCGGCCAGCGGGGGACUGGCGAACUGCACACACACACCCAUGCACGCAGAUCAGUACAUGCAUCAAACCACCCACUGCGUCAGUGACUCACCCCUUUGUUUGGUUUGCCCUUGUCCUUCUGUGCCUUCUUGAUGGCGUCGAGCCUCGCCUUCAGAUCGCUGAUCUUCUGCGGGUCACGCUGGGACUCCGGCUGCGCCCGCAGCUCCAGAAUCUGGGCCUGCACGGCAGCCUUCUCCUGCUCCAACGACAUCUCGGGCUCAGGUGACUUGGGCGGCUCGGCAGCCCCACCUGCUGCGGCCUCGCCUGUGAUGUCGACAACAGGGGCAGGCGGCAUCUCACUCGGCUCUUCUUGACGCAUGACAGUGUCGGCCACGGGUGGCGGGGCAGCUGCCGCACCUGUUCCUGCUGCGGCAGAGUCAUCCAUGUUUGGCGCGUCGACCAUCACCGCAUCUCCGUCCCCCCGUUCUCUGCUGGCCUCCAGCCCCCCGGCAGGGGGCUGUCCCUCAUCCCCCGCCCUCUCGGUCUCUGCCGCUGGCCUGUCAGCUGCUCCCGGCUCGGGGGAGAAGCGCCUGUUCUGGGCGUUCUGCCUCAGGAUGCUCUUGAGCUGAUUCAGUCGCUCCGCCUGAUUCAUCCGCUCCGCCGCUGUCGCAUCGGCCGGUGGCGCCUGGGGGGGCUCCUUGGGGAGCGGUCUCACAGCCCCUGUGCGGCCCCUCGCCAGGCGAAUCGAUGAGAGCGGCUUCCCCUGCCCCUUGUCGUUCACGCUGAGGGCAUUCGUCGCAAUGUCUUGGAACUGAUCGCUCAGUGCCAAGCCGGAAACCUCAGGCCGCGUAUCCUGUUCGCCCACCGCGGCCCUCCAAGGCUCUCGGUCACGGCCGUCCGGGCCAGGCAGGUCAGAGCACAGCUCGAUCAAAUCGCCGACGGCGUUGACAAUCUCGGUCAGCCGAUCGCCGCUCACAUUGCCGUCAAACACGUCCUCAGCAUGCUCCUGCCCUUCUUGCUCCCGCGGCGGUGCCACUGGAGCAGCGGGGGGCACAGGUGGCCGUACCGAGCGCGGAGGUGGGCGCGGAGGGGGUGGCGGUGGAGGGCGAAUCGGCAUAUCAGCGGCUUUGGGGGCGGGAGGACGGGAAGGAGGCGCCAAUGGUGCGGCUGGCGGCCGUCCGUCGUGGAAGGAUGGAACAGGGGGGAUGCGAGGGGCAGCAGGCGGAGCCUUUGGGGCCUUCGGAGCCAUAGCCUUCGUAGGCGGUGCCGACGCAGCUCUUUCGCCGCCGCCCCCAUCCUCUGGCUCCUUUUCCUUGUCUCCUGGCGGCGGCAGCAGUGGUGAGUGCCCUCCACUCUUCAGGCCCAGCUUCUGCAGCUGCUUGUCGCGAGCCACCAGCCGCUCCCGUCGCUGCUCGCUGACCAUCCACUGUCUCUUCCACUUUGUGAGCCCAGCCUCGAACUCGGCCGCGUCGUCCGUCUCUGUCUUGAUCUGGCUGGGCUUGACGGUCAGGUGGAUGCGGACGUCUGGACGGCGGCGGGGCAUGCCGUCAUCCGGCUCCUGCUUGAUGACCACACGACGAGGCUCGUCUGCCGCCGCCACAGUCCCCGCCGGUCGGCUGCCGACAGCAGGGGGCCUGGAGGGUGGUGGAUGGGGGACGGCCGCACCAGCGGCUGCCGCAGGGCGCUCUUGGUCGUCUGUGAUGGGUGACGGCUCACGGCGCUGAAGGGGCUCGGGAGAGAUGUGAUGUCUGUCACGGUUGUCCUCUCUGUAGUCACGCCCUCGGGCCCUCCUGCCUCUCUCCUCCCUCACAUCCCUGAUCCAAGCAAAAGAGCACAGUCAGUGUGCGCGACACACACAAGUGUUCGUCCAGGUCGUCGUGCCUGUGUCAUGCAUGCCCUUGCUUACGUCAUCCAGCCCUUGUCCUUGUCCGCGUCGCCCUCCCCGCGUCCCCGCGCGGCGAGAAAUGCCAUCCGUCGGUACUUCUGCCUCUCUCUGUCCUUGACCGUCUUGCCCUUGUACCGACGCUGCUUCGGCGGCCGAUAAUUGGCUCGCCGCCGUCGAGGUCGGUCGGACUCGUGUCGGUAGGCGCUGCUCUGCCGCCUCUUGCUCCGCGGACUGACAUGGCGCUUGGCUCCCCGCUCAAAGGACCGCUCGCGUGACACCGACCGCUCCCGGGAUGACGGUGUGACCUCACUCCAUUCCCCAUCCGAAGAGAGGGAGACCGACGAGAGGGAUCGGUGUCGGCGUGACGGGUGCCUGCGGCGGCGGGACGGGCCGGCAAGUCGCUCGCGUGACCGUGACCGUGAUCGGUCCCGUUUGUCCUUGAGGCGAGGCCGACUCCUGCGGACGUGGUCGCUCGAUAUGGGCGAUAUGGGGCUGAGGCUCGACGUCUCACUCACAGACAGCGAGCGGGGGACACGCUUCUUGCCCCUUGUGACGUCACGACGAGACAGCCCUCUCCCUCUGCCGUGCCUGUCGCCAGAGGGUUCCAUACUCCUGUCGGGCCCGCUGGACGACCCCCGCCUCUCCCUCCUCCUUGGAGGCGCCGCGUCUUCCUCAGAGUCAUCCUCGAUCUCUAUCACCUCAUGCCGCUGCUGCUGGGGCGCCGCUGGACGGGAGGGAGGGGGCCGUUUUGAUGGUGGUGCCGCUGGUGUCGGUGGGUUGCUGGCGGCCUUGGCUGCCGCCUGUUUGGCCUGGGCGAUGACCGCCUUGGCUUCGGCCUUUGCCUUGGGGGCCGGGGGAAGGUUGAUGCGGACGGCAUCGCGGGCGGCGCCUGGAACUUGUGCAGCAGCGUUGAUACUCUGAUGCGAAAAGGACGACAGCAAGGGAAAUGAGUAAACACCUCAUGUCGAUCCCUCCGGCUCACCGCUUGUCGUGGCGUCAGCACAGCCUUGUGUACAGGGCCGGUCGCACCCACAGCACCAUCGCCCGACGCAGCCACACCAGCAGUGGGGAGCAUGGGCGGCAGUGACGGCGCGCGAGCCCCUACGGGGGGCUGUGGUGGCUGCGACGGUUGGCCGAAGGCACUGCCGUAGAAGGUGAGAUCGUGGUGUGGCGGCACCUGAUCGUCCCUGUGCGGGUGUGCUGCUUUGGGGAUGGGUGGCUGGUGCUGCGCCUCGCCCCAGAAGCCUCGAUUGUCGCUGGGGGCAGCACUGGGUGGAUCGAGGCCUGGGGCUUGACCAAGGGACUGAAUAGACUGAAUGAAUGAACACCAAAAGAACAAGAACGAGACAGGUAGAGGCACGCGUCCGACACGAAUGGCUCUCCCUCCCUCCCUCCCUCCCUCGUGUGUGUCUUGUUGUCUUGUGUGCAUGACUUGACUGACCUCUGGCUGCAUGGGGAAUGGGGGCCAGACGGGGGGAUAGGGAGCGUACAUACCCUGGGGCGGAUACGGGACCCACGGCGGCAUAAACGCCUGCUGCUGCUGCUGCAUGUACUGCUGCUGCUGCUGAUGCUCAGCAGCUGCUAUGGCCUCUUGCUGAGCAUACUCCACAUAGAUGGGCGCCACAUUGGCAGGGGGUGCAGGUCCAGCAGCAGGUGCUGCCAUGUCGCCUUGCCAUGGCUCCAUCCCCUCCCAGCCCAUCAAGCCCGGCUCGGCAGGGGGCCCGCGGUGCCGUCCGGGGUGGUCCUCCUGGUACUGCUCUGUGUCGACGAUCUCCUCGUACGUGGGCAGAGUGCGGUGGUGGCCACCGUUGGCUGCAGGUGUGUGUGGGCGGGGGUGUGCGUGCUUGGGUCGGUGGCUGAGGCCUGUUGCCUUGGCCUUGGGCCGCGAACCGGUCGUGACGAAUCCAGGGGCCUUGGCCUUGGUGGGGUUGGAGCUCACAUGGGCCACCGCUCUGGCAGACAGACAGGCAAGCAGAGACAAACGAAACAUGCGCAUCCGUGCAUCGAUCCGAUCCUAUCUGUCGGCGGUGCCCGUCGUGUCUUUGUUCUCCUUCUCACCCUGAUGCCUUGGCCUGCCCUUGUCCGCCGUUGGAGCCAUUCGGGCUCGCCUGACCCGCCACAUGUCCGAACCCGUCCUCAAUCCGCUUCCCCUCUCCCUUCUUCUCGCGAUCGCUCCGACCUUUGACCUCCGCCCACUUCUGCGCCACCACAGACUUCAACGCGUUUGUGAGCUCGGCGAAAUGCGACGCCUCCACAUCAUCACCACAACCAUUCAGCUGCUGUUGUUGCUGCUGUCCUGGAGCUGCGGCAGCAGGCGCCGCUGAUGAGGCGGCGCCAUUCGGCGGGAGAGCGGCCGAGCCGGGCACGCCAGACAUAGACGCUUUGCGCUGGCUGCCGAUCAAGCGCAGUGCCACUGCGGUAAGGGUCUCGGGGCGCGGCUGCGGACCCUGCUGGUCAAUGCCGUUGACGAGCGGCGGGCCACUCUGCGUCCUCUUGACUGCUUUGUGGCUCUCGCACAUGGCCAGAAAGGCGUCACCCGGUUCAGAUUCCUCCGCAUUGAUCGGUGGCGUGGCCGCUGGCUCGGGCGGGGGAGCUGGGGGAGCUGCAGCAGCAGCACGAGCACCAGCGGCGGCGGCCGGGGUGACGUGUUGCUUGGUGCCUCGCUUGGCGACGGCUGUCCCUUUCGGCUUGGCUUUCGCCUGAGCGGGUUUGGCGUUGGCAGACGAGCGUUCGACCAGCUCUCCCUCCUCGAUCUCGCCCUCCUCUGGCCCAGUCGCCCCGACAUGCGACGCAGCUGCCAUCGCGGUAACCGGAAACAGUCUCCG